GAUGGAUUAAAAGCCAGAAAGAGUGUUUGAAAUAAAGAAAUGGAACGCUGUUGCUUUAUGGAGUUGGGAUAUAAAAGUUGAUAAUUGUGCUAUAUGCAAAAAUCAUAUAAUGGAAAAAUGUAUUGAAUGUGAUGCAUAGGAAGGAUAAGGUGAAUGUAUUGUUGCUUGGGGAACAUGUAAUCAUGUAUAAAAGAAUUUUAUUAUAGGCAUAUCAUUUUCAUUGUAUAGAGAGAUGGUUAAAGAAUAGGUAGACUUGUCCACUAGAUAAUCGAAAUUGGGAAUAUUAAAAAUAUGGAUGAGUGU